GGCCACUAUCAGCUGCGUUCACACCUCUGGCUGUACAUUCAGUCGCAAGCUUCGUACACGAGCUGUUGCUGUAACUGUACAUUGGAAGGAAAGAGACCACAUUGCAUGAGAUGGACAAAGACAAUCGAGACGACGUCACCUUUGCGAAACUCAGCGAUCUGAAGCUGCUGAUCACAUUCUGCAUAUCACAACUUGAGGGCACGGGUAAGCUUCGUUCGUAUACGGAACUCCUGGAAAACCAGAGUUGCGUUUGCACGACGUGGAACAGUCACCUGCACAAUAAGAAGCUUCCAACCCAGAAAAAAGUUCGAAACAAGAAGGUCCUGAGACUUUCUCGAACUCACUGUCGUUUUUGGUGACAGCAAGCCGACAAAAAUGACCUAAGCCGGAUUUAGGUUUUGCUGAUGCUUUAACCGCUUAUCACACAGCUGAAGGGAACUCUCCGACCUCUGCGUUACCUUUCAACUGGUCGU